GUCCACAUUGUGAAGAUAAAAUUGAAAAAAUUUUAGAAAUAACUUUCAAAAGUUACCCAAACAUUAUAGAUUUUUCAAUUGGAUUAAUCACAUGUAAUUUAGAUUAUUUGGAAAUUCCUUGGAUUCCAAACUUGCAAUAUUUGAUACUAUAUCAAAAUCACUUUAUUAUUAAUUUAGAAAAUACAAAAUUAGAUGAUUACUUGGAACAGCUAGCAAAUUCAUUACCUAAGUAUAUAAAAGAAAUUAAAAUAUGGAUAGUUUUGUCAGAUUAUGAGGAUGAAGUAAAUUUAGUUGAUUUAUGUAAAUUUUUUUGUAGUAUUAAUUCUAUAGAAGGUUCGUCUGUUCUUUUAGAGAUCAUUAUACCAUCCAAUGCACAAGUAGUUUCAAAGAGCGUUCAAUUUGAUGAAUUUGGAAAACCAAAAAAAAUUGAAGGCAAAAAUCUCGACAAUUUAAUUAGCUAUAAUACUUCAGUUGACAU